AUGAGUAAAUCCACCUCAGAAAAGAUCAUUUUUUUAGCUUCAAAUGUAAGUGUUCAAAACGGUGAUAUGUCUCUUAUUGAGGGAAGUCUGACUAUUACAAAGGUACACAGACCAAAUCAUCUCCGCUUCGAUUUUCACACCGACACAAAACACACAAAAAUCGUUUUCGCGUUCUGCUUUUCAAGUGAUGAUCUUACCACAAUCCAUUUCACUUAUCCUAUUCAAAAGUACACUACAAUCACUUUCACCACAAAAGACGAGACCAAGAAACUUCCAUCUCUAUUUAUUCCUCGUGGUUCAGAUAUUCCCUCUGCAAUACUCAAUACCAUUAUAGAGCACAGUGAAUGCACUGUCGUCCCAAAAGAUGAUACCCCAGACGUAUACCUUGUACACAAACGUCUCGGUUCAACUGAUGACUUCAUUGUGCCUCAUGCGGUCGAUCUUAAUGAGAUCAAGCCAGUUGGCUUAAAAACUGUCAUGUCGUAUAGUGCACCCGACGGCAGCUUUUCAAAAGAGUCGGAAGAAGACAUUAGAAAGACUCUCUACAUAAGUGGUGUUGAGGCUGAUGCGCGGCCAUUUGUUUGGAAAUUAGUUCUCGAGUAUUAUCCUUUUUCAUCGACUUCAUUACAACGAGCAGAAAUAGAUCAAAAGAAAAAGGAGCAGUACUAUAAAAUUAAGUCGCAGUGGCAGCUUUUUGAACCCGAGCAGCUCCACAAUUGGGACACAUUAAUGAAAACUUUAAACCAAAUUGAAAAAGACGUCACGAGGACGGACAACAACAAACCCAUCUUUAUGAAUCACCCAGAAAACGUCGAAAAAUUGCGGAGUGUAUUAAAGACUUACGCUAUAUACAAUUUUAAAGUGUUGUAUGGACAAGGAAUGUCCGAUUUAUGUAGCUUAGUUAUGAACAUUGCAACAGAAGAACAUGAAAUCUUUUGGUUAUUCAAAUUAGUGAUGGAUGUCAUCUCGCCGUAUUACUUACACGAUGAAAACCUUCGUAAAAAAUCGUUUGAUGAAGUUGGACAGAUCAUCAAAUUUGUGAAUCCAGGUCUCUACGAUUACUUUGAGCGAACAAAAGUUGAGUAUAGUUUUUGCUACAAGUGGAUUGUUUUACUCUUCAAACGUGAUUUUGAGCCAGCAGAGUGUUUGCGUGUGUGGGACUUUUUCUUUGCCUAUCCCAAACGCAAGUUAUAUCUCUUUUUCACUUCUGCUAUAAUCUUAGAGCAUGCAAAGUCCAUUGUUCAAGAGCAAAAGACGUUUUCAGGGAUGAUUGAAUUACUCCAGAACCUUCACAAGAAGAUUCCCGCUGAGUUAAUAUUUAGUACCGACAUCAUCUUUCAGCAAUUUAGUCAAUUAGCAAACAAAGAAGUUUAUGCAGAUCUAUUGAAGUGA